UAAUAAUUAUAUAUUCCUUUAUGCUCAAAGACUAUUAAAACUAUUAUUUUCCCUUCCCUGAAAAAAGAGUAAAAGAAAGAAGUGUAGAUGAUGCUUUAUACAGAGUGAAUGAGUGGAGAAGAUUAUAUGAACAAGGUAUAACUUAAGAGAAUAAAAAAAAAUAAAGAAUCACUCUUGAAGAAGCUGCAAAACUAGUUCAGAUUCCAAAAAAAACACUAGAAGACUAUGUUUAGAUAUUUAAGAAAGUUCGUUUGAUAAGUUAAAUUGAGGAAUUUUCUAAUAAGAGAAUGGGAUUUUUAAGAGCCUUCAUAAGAAAAAAUAAAGCUAAGAUUAAAAAGGCUGCUUUGAUCUAGAAAUAAUAAAUGUAAAAAGGGAACUUAGAAAUAAAAAAAGAACACACAGAUUUUGAUGAUAAUAAAAUUAGUGUUAAAAAAGAAGAGGAAGACAUAUAAACAAAUUCAGAAAUUAAAUUAGAAAUUAAAUGUGAAUAAGAUUACGAAUCUUACAAUAACAUGUACUGAUUUUAAAUCAAAUCUGAUUUUUAAAUAUAUAAC